CAUAAUUUUUAUAGAGUCAAGCGCUUUUGUUUCUAAAUUCUAUCUCAUUCAAAUUAUUUUAUUUUGGCCUUCAAGAAGGUUUUGUUGUGAAAACAGCGACUCUUACUUUUUAUAAAACUGUGUAAAUCCAGUCAUGGCUGUUUGGCAACAGGUUCUGGCACUGGAUGCUAAAUUCAAUGCAUAUCGAUCUCCUAACAAUCCGCAAUUCAGAACAUUAUACAUCAGAAGAAGGAGUCAAUUGUUAAGGGAACAUGCCAAAAAUGAGAAAGAUGGGUCAACUAGAAAAGAAUAUCUCCAUCUGAGAGCCCAACUUUUAAAUUCUCGCUAUGGUAGUCCAGCUUUUUCAGAUCAAGGGAGCAUCAAAAGUAGAUCCUUUAGUCUGAGAAGUAUUGGCAGGACCAUAGAAAGUUUAGAGUCCAUGAUAGCAGCAGGGGGUGACAACAGGAAGUUCUUUCACCACAGACGUCACAUGAGCACUAGUUCCCUGAAAUAUUUGUACGAGGGCCCAAUGAAGCAUGUGUAUGACAGUAUUGAAGUGGUACCAACUAGUGUGGCUGAAGCCAGCAAAGCUAUGGCAGGAGGUAAGAGUCUCUCGGAAAAUUAUGCCUUUACGGGGAUGCACCACAUAUUUGAUCAACAUUCCAACGCAGUGACGUGUGUCAAGUUUGCUAACGAUGACAGAUCUAGAGUGGCAUGCUCAUCCUUGGAUGGCACUCUUUCCAUAUGUCAGCUGAUUCCUCCACCGGCCACCGUUAUCUGUAUGUUGAAAGGUCACAGCGCUGGGGUCACAGACUUUGUGUGGUCCUUGUCUAACGAUGUCAUACUGUCAGUUUCACUCGAUGGCACGGCCAGGCUCUGGGAUGUAGCAGCUGGCACUUGCAUGAGAGUCAUUGAAGACAGUCUGGGCUCUGAGCUGCUGUGCUGUGUGUUCCAGCCUUUAAAUAACAACAUGUUUGUCACAGGAAGUAGUCGAAGUCAGGUGCAAGUUAUGAACAUGUCCACGGGUAAAGGAUAUCGAGGAGGUAGCAGCAAAGUGACGGGUCGAGUCAAUGCCUUGACAUUUGAUGGCAGUGGCCAUAUCCUGUGGGCAGGAGAUGAACGAGGUUCUGUUUAUUCCUUUACAGUAGAUGUGGCCACUGGAAAACUAACCAAAACUCGAAGGAUGACAGUAUCUGAGGGCCAUCCAGUGACUAGUUUAUCUGCUAGAGCCUGGAUCAGCCGUGAAGCCAGAGACCCAUGUUUACUGGUCAAUUGUUGUGUCAAUGCUUUGUUUUUGUUUAGGAUUGUGUCUGAAGAUGGAGCUCUUCAGUUAAAAAGAACUUUUCCAAUCAAGCAGAGGUCACUGUGUGUCAAAAGUACAUUUUGUCCACUAAUGUCCUUCAGACAAGGAGCUUGUGUCAUCUCUGGGAGCGAAGACAUGUGUGUCUAUUUCUUUGACGUCACAAAAGAAAACAAGCCUUGCGUGAACAAACUCCUGGGACACUCUGCCCCUGUCAUGGAUGUGGCCUUUAACUGUGACGAGAGCCUCUUGGCAUCUUGUGAUGCUAAUGGCAUGGUGAUUAUUUGGAAGAGGGAAGGCAAACAGGCAACACUAUUUAUAUGAGCCAAUCAAAAUGAAUUUUACAUCUCACGUCUGCUUCUAUGUUACAUCUGUUUCAUAGACUGGUCAACUUUAUAAAAUUCAUAAACAAAGCGCUGCAGGGCCUGAACAUACAAAUCCUGGAACAUGUUGGACUGAUAAAUAACCUACAUAUGCAGGUGAUAUGCAUACUGACUAUAUUAUUUGCAGUAAGUUGUGUUGAAAUAAAUAUUUAUUCCAGGAAAGCUAAGCCAUUGUAAGCCAAACUGCAAUUUUUUUAAGGAUUUGUUGUAGUUUUAAUGACUACAAGUAUAACUUGCUGGAAAUCAGUGUUUUCAAAAUUACGUAUGCAAAUUAAUGUAAAAUGUGCAAUAUUUAAUAAUGCUUUGUGAAGACUAAACAGUCACUUGUGACUCAAUGGCUGUGACUAAUGUGUGCAAGCUCUUUUGUUUUGUGUACACACAGUUUUAUGUAACUAGCUAGCUGUAACCUGUCAUAGAACUAACUAGACUAAUGGACUAAUUGAAUGUCAUCAUAAUAAAAACACAAUUUAAUGUGGUGAAGACAUUUAUGUUUAUAUAGAUAUUGAUCUUCAUGAUCACACUGUCUCAUACAUUAUUUAAUAGCUGUAUCUUUCCAUUGAUACCUGAUGAAGGUCAAGGUUUUCUAUAUAUUCCUUUGUCCACUUUAGAAGUUCUUUUUGGAACUGAAGUAAAAGGUGAAAUAGUUGUGCAGGUCAGAGGACACUUUCAUUAACCAUUGAUGAAUUGUUUAUCUCCUAAUAAAACUCGGAGAAUUAAGUUGACUUGUAUUCUUGGGGGGUGAGAAAAUGUCCAGGCUCUUUUGUUGGGGCCAGUUAGGCUUUAAAUUUGUUGGGGAAGAUCAGUUAGGCUUUGAAUUUGUUAGAGAAGACCAGUUUAUCUGGCUGCCUGGUCAUGCAGUUUGCAUGCUGGUCUGUCGUUCGGGUUCAACCCUGCCUGCUCCCAUCCCCAGUCAUCCUGUGGUAGAAAGUAAAUUAUCUUCAACUCUGAAGGAACAUCCGAAACAAAACAAAAACAAACAUUCAUUAGAGGAGACCAGUUUAGUUUUGAAUUUGUUGGGGGAGACCAGUUAGGCCAUAGAGUUAAUGUCACUGGACGUCACAAGUACUUCUUUCAACACUGUCUAAUGUGUUUAUAAAGGCUAAUUGUAAGCCUCUUGAGUCAUAUGAGAAGUUCCAUGUAAAAUAUCCACAGAACUGUAGGUCUGUUGUUGGCUGCCAUUAAUUGUAAAUAAAACUUUCAGAAUCACUGAUAGUCCUUGCAGAACAGAGAAUAUGGACAGAAGUGUAUAAAGCUAUUCCUGUGUCCUGGUCUCAAAAGCUAAACACAUCUCUGAUUUUUGUCUUUCUCAACCUUGGUUUGUUGAGUAACAUCAUGUAACAACAGACCUACAGUUCUGUUAUUUUAUGUCCUGAGAGACAAUCAUCUUUCCAUUAGGACUAAAACAGAAAGAUUAAAAACUCCUUUAUCCAAUAGUGUUACAAGGUCAUCUGUUGUCAUCGAGAACUACAUAGAAGUCUAAUUCAUUAAUUCAUUAAGCGCUGGUUGUGAGUGUGUAUGUGUUUGGUGUGUGAAUGUUGUUAGUAUUUGCAUCUAUAAUGUUAUUGUACAGUAGUUACGCUGAGGUGGUCAAUUGUAGUCAAAAUGAAUUUCCAUUUGAUUGGACCAAUAAAAAUGAUCUUAUUUUAUCUUGAGAUCCAUACAUUUAUCAAAUGCAUAAUGUAAGUCAGUAUAGUCAUCAUACUGUCAAUGAAUUAGGUUCGCAAAAUGUUCAUCAAAUUGAACUACAUAGGCUCUC